GGUGUCUCCCUUUUCUUUAUUCCCUCAGGGUUGGGAUUUUUGGUGUCUCCAUUGUCUUUAUUCCCUCAGGGAAUAAUUCCCAGCCCAGAUUUCUUCCAGUUUUGCAGGAGUUCUGCUCCCUGGUGCUCUUCGGGCCCAGCCGGGGCUGCCUCAGGGAUGUCAGGGGGGUCUGGGCUGGGAUUUUUUGGAUUUUUUUUGCCUCCCUGGUGCCCCAAAACCCCUCUGGGGAUUUUUGGGGAUUUUUGGGGAGCCCCAAAGCCCCUCUGGGGCUCCCUGCCCUGUUUUGGGGACGUCUCAGUGGCAGCUCUUGGUGGCUUCCUGUGGUUUCUCUGCAGUGACGUCCCCAGAGCAGGGACCCGACAGCUCCGGGGACAUUUUGAGAGCCCAAAAAUCACCUUCUGCACAGAUGUGAGCCUGGGAUGCUGCUCCCCAUCUGAGCCCCCCAGGCUGUGACUGCCACACACAAGGGAUGAAAUAAAACUGCAUUUUUUUAUUUAUUUGCUGCAUGUAUUAAUAAACUGCAUUUAUUUUUUACAGGAGAGGGGGAUGAGUGGAGAAUUCACCCCACGUGAAGGGAACAAUUCCUGAAGGGAACGACUACUCCUGAAGGGAAUAACAACUCCUGAAGGGAAUAAUUCCUCAAGGGAAUUAUUAUUAUUCUGAAGGGAAUUAUUAUUAUUCUGAAGGGAAUAACAACUCCUGAAGGGAACAACUCGUGAAGGGAACAACUCGUGAGGGGAAUAAUUCCUGAAGGGAAUAACUCACUCCUCAAGGGAAUAAUUCCUCAAGGGAAUAACUCUGAAGGGAAUAAUUCCUGAAGGGAAUAAUUGCUGCUUUCCAACAGGAACCAUGGCAGGGAUUUCCUGGCCUGAGGGAGUCUCCAACAGGACAAAUUUCCCGAUUUCCAGAGGGACAAAUUUCCCCAUUUCCAACGUGAUAAACGCCAGCUCAGGAGGGGUUUUGGGCGCAGAUUUCCUGAUUUCCAACGGGACAAAUUUCCUGAUUUCCAAUGGGACAAACGCCAGCUCAGGAGGAAUUUCGGGAGCAGAUUUCCUGAUUUCCAACGGGACAGAUUUCCUGAUUUCGAAUGUUAUAAACGCCAGCUCAGGAGGAGUUUUGGGAGCAGAUUUCCUGAUUUCCAAUGUUAUAAAUGCCAGCUCAGGAGGAGUUUCGGGAGCAGAAUUCCUGAUUUCCAAUGGGACAAAUGCCAGCUCAGGAGGAAUUUUGGGCGCAGAUUUCCUGCUUUCCAAUGUUAUAAACGCCAGCUCAGGAGGAAUUUUGGGCGCAGAUUUGCAGCACUCCCUGUUUGCCGCCGCCUACAGCGCGGUGCUGGCGCUGGGGCUGGCAGCCACCGCCCUGUCCCUGUCCCUGUCCCUGCUGUCCUGCAGGGCCACUGUCCCCCUGUCCCCCUCCCCUGUGCUGCUGCUGCAGCUGGCGCUGCUGGACGCGCUGUUCCUGCCCGUGCUGCCCCUCCACGUGCACUCCCAGCUGCGAGGGGACACCUGGGCCUUUGGGGACACGGCCUGCAGGGCCAGCAGGGCUCUCUUCUCCCUGCACACCCAGCUCAGCGUGGCCUUUCUCAGCUGCGUGGGUGCAGAUCUGUGGCUGGCAGCGCUGCACCCGCUGGCCUCGCUGCGCCUCCGGCCGCCGCACCACGCGUUGGUGGCCACGGGGCUGUGGCUGGUAGCCCUGGCUGCGGCUGUGCCACCAGCGCUGCACGGCACAGCGGUGAGGGGCUGCCUGGGGGGCUCCCAGGCUCACCCCACAGCCCCUCUGGCAGUGCUGGAGUUCAUUUUUGGGGUGUUUGUGCCGUUUUUCCUGGCGGCGGUGGCGCUGCCGGUGCUGGCCGGGGGCGCGUGGCGCGGCGGGCGCCGCGGGAGGAGAGCGCUGGGCACCAUCGCGGUGGCGCUGGGCAUUUGUGCCCUCUGCUUCCUGCCCCACGUCCUCACCCGGCUCCUGGGGCUGCUGCCGGGGCUGCCGGGGAUCCCCCAAAUCCAGAGGGUGACCGAGGUGCUGGCGAGCUGCAGCUGCUGCCUGAACCCCCUGCUGUACCGCUGCCACUGUGGGCGCUGCCCCCUUAGGCUCAGGCUUAAGCUUAAGCUCAGGCUCAGGCCCAAGAGGGUCUUCACCAUCUGUGACCGCCACUUUGGGGACCCUGCCUGGCACUGCGACCCUGUGUUGCCCUGGUUCUUCUGAGAUUUUUUAAAGCCUUCUACUUGCCUAUAAGAUGGGGUCAGUUCUUCAGUUUCUGUGCAAUAUUAAAGGUCAGUUUUUCACUUUCUCACACUUUGGAGCAUAAACAACCUUUCUUGUUUUUGUUCACUGUCCUUUGCUCACACAUUUCCAGCCUGACAAUAAUGUUGGUUGACAGCUGCUCUGGCCAGUGGGGUGAAGGGAUGGCAACCCCAGAAUCCAAUCCACAACCAGACCCACAAAAUUAUAAAAUGAAAAGAAAUAAACAGGCUGGGCCCUUUUUUCAGUGGGGAGCAGCUUUCACUGAACACCUGUCUCCAUGUCG